GGCUCACAGCAGACGCAAACGGUGAAGCGAGAGCCGUGCAGCUAGAGAAGGCGCAUUGGAGGGUGCUGACGAAAGAAAUGUGCGCGAGUACUUGACGACAGCGGUAGUCAAAGCCAGCCCUCAUAACUCAUCUGCUGUGAUUCUUCGACCUCGAAGAUCUCGGAGAGCCGGCGUCAUGGCUGCCGCGCUCGGAACCCCGCUGGCCUAUUGCGCUUUGUCGAUUCGGCCUUCAUCUCGCUGUCUAUUCUUGAAUCCUUGCGGUGUUCGUCGAUUUCCCAUCACUUGUCUUCGAUCCUCAUCGUCUUCACCCUAUCUUCCCAGUGAAAGCGUAGCUGAUCCUUCCGCGACCGACUCCACCCAUUCUACCAGCGGCCGCUUUCUUGAUGGCUCGAACCUUGGAGAAGACGGGCUUGCUUACAAGCUUGUUGCCGAUAACGGGGAUACUUCCUUUGUCCAACGCACUCCCUCUGCGGAAUCCUUCAUCGAGAAACUCAUAUUUGACUUUCGAUUCUUGGCCCUUUUGGCUGUUGGCGGUUCACUCGCAGGUUCUUUGUUGUGCUUUCUAAAUGGAUGUGUUUACAUUGUUGAUGCAUACAAGGUUUAUUGGACAAGUUGUCUUAAAGGAGUUCAUACUGGGCAAAUGGUCCUUCGAUUGGUUGAGGCUAUUGAUGUCUAUCUUGCUGGUACGGUUAUGCUGAUAUUUGCAAUGGGCUUGUAUGGACUAUUCAUCAGCAAUUCACCACUCGGAGCGCCUCCUGCUGUGGACCGUGCUCUUAAAGGGUCUUCCUUGUUUGGCAUGUUCACAUUGAAGGAGCGACCAAAGUGGAUGAAAAUAAGCUCGCUUGAUGAACUUAAGACAAAGGUUGGACAUGUAAUUGUCAUGAUUCUUCUCGUCAAGAUGUUCGAAAGAAGCAAAAUGGUGGCAAUUACAACAGGAAUUGAUCUACUUAGUUAUUCCGUCUGCAUUUUCUUGUCAUCUGCAUCUCUGUAUAUUCUUCAUCAUCUUCAUAAGCCAGAGUAGUAUAGUUGGCUUAUUUUGUAUAAAUUAAACUUCUUUGUAAUCCAGACAUGUUUCUGCAUCUACUAAGUGUUUCCACUCACUUUUCACAACUAAAGCGGGCUUCGCAGUUCAUGAAGAUGUUUGUAUGAACCGACAAUGUGCAUCUUAUAGUACUAAGUUGCAGUCAAUUUUCACAGUUUAUU